UUAAUUGAAUAUUUUUAUUAGUUUUUAUCACCAAGAAUAUUUGCAGCUGCAAAAUAAACUACCUGUGGAUGAGCUAGAGCCUUACGAGAAGCUCCUUUCUCCUCUUGCCAAAAGACGUUACAGACCAACAAUGACUCACUACUCUCUCAGAGGACUUCAAACCGAAGACUCAGCCACUGCUACAUCAGUAAGCAAUACUAAUAAUAAUAAAGGAACCAGUGGAAAGGAAGAGAUGGAAGCUAAAGAAGAAGAACAAGGAGAGGAUGAAGAGGGAGAGGAGGAGGAGGAGGAGGAGGUAGGGGGAGAAGAGGAAGAAGAAGAGGAGGAGGAGGAAGAUGAAGAGACCGGGUAUUAUAAUCUACGGAAGAGAAGACCAGUUGUGUAUCAGUAUCAACCUGUUAUACAGGUUGUUGAGGAGUCGCCUCAUAAGAAGCAGAAGAAUAAGAGAAGGAAGCACUCGUUCAGUUAUCACAGAUCAACUGGCAAUGGACCCUCUGCUUAUCAAGUACAGAGACACAGGCCAAGCACUCUGAGACACAAAACACAUCAGGGGUCCAGUACCUCCAGUAGUGAUGAGGACUCAGACGAGGCUCGAUUCAAGCGUCGUAAGAAGAGAAGCAUGAAGAGGUCCCGCUCCGAGUGCCUCCCAAUGAACUUCACACAAGACGACAUCACAACAGGACCAACAAGAGACAGAGUGGCCAUAGGAGCUAGUCUAGCAGACAUCAAUCCAAUGACUAUUGAUAGGGACACUAACUUUAAUAGCAUUGGGGGACUGACUGGACAUAUUAGGUCACUGAAGGAGAUGAUUGUGUUUCCUCUUCUUUAUCCGGAGGUGUUUGAGACAUUUCAUAUAUCACCUCCUCGUGGAGUUCUGUUUCACGGACCACCUGGUUGUGGUAAGACACUAGUGGCUAGAGCAUUAGCUAACGAGUGCUCCAAGGAAGGACGUAAGGUGGCCUUCUUCAUGAGAAAAGGAGCCGACUGCCUAAGCAAAUGGGUUGGAGAGAGUGAAAGACAACUGAGACUCCUUUUUGAUCAAGCUUAUCAAAUGCGUCCAUCAAUCAUAUUCUUUGAUGAAAUUGAUGGAUUGGCUCCAGUUCGAUCCACAAGACAAGACCAGAUCCACUCCUCCAUUGUCUCCACUCUCCUUGCUCUCAUGGAUGGGCUGGACAGUCGUGGGGAGAUAGUUGUUAUUGGAGCGACCAAUCGGAUUGAUGCUAUAGACCCAGCACUGAGGAGGCCAGGACGAUUUGACAGAGAAUUUAGAUUCCCACUACCAUCAAGAGAAGAUCGUCUGAGUAUAUUACAGAUACACACCCAUCACUGGUCCCCUCCAUUGAAACUAUCAUUCCUGCAAGAACUAGCAGACCAGACAGUAGGCUACUGUGGGGCUGACCUCAAGUCUCUCUGCACUGAAGCAGCUCUCCAUUCCCUCCGCUCACACUAUCCUCAGAUAUACAACAGCUCAGAAAAACUCCUCAUUGACACUUCAACUAUUAAACUAUCCGCUAGCAACUUCUCUUCAGCCCUCAGGUCUAUAGUCCCUACUGCUCAGCGAUCAACAGCUUCCCCUGCUGCUCCUUUAUCCGAUAUUGUUCUUCCUCUUCUUUGCCGUCAGUUUGAGGAGGUCUUGAAUGUUUUGUUGUACGUGUUUCCUCCAUCUUGGAAAGGGAUCGGGAAGACUCUUCCAAAGCUCAAGAGAGAGAGGGAGAGACUGAAGGAGAGGGAGAGGACCAUAGCCACUGCUGGAGAGGACGGAUCAAUGUUGAUGGGCAGUGGAAUAGAAGAAAUUGACAUGUCAAAGUGUGUCACUGAUUCGUUUUCUUUUCAAAAGUCUCAACUGAACGAUCAGAUCAGUAACGUGUUCUUUGAUCUGGACGACAUAGCACAGCCAGACCACUCCCAUUCUGACCCCGCCCACAAUACAUGUAUUACGGAGGACGAGGCACCUGAUGGUAACGUAACCUCUACCAGUCCAGGUGGUGGGGCCUGUUUAGACUUCAGUUCACACCCUCACUCCUUACCCUCUGUCUUUAGACCAAGAAUAUUACUAAUAGGACAACCUGGUAUGGGUCAGUCGGAUCACAUAGCUCCAGCAAUACUAAACACAUUUGAAGACGUAUCCAUUCACAUACUAAACAAUAACACACUCUACACUAGCGCCACUAGAACCUGCGAGGAAUCAUUGCUACAUUUAUUUAGAGAAGCGACAUUAACCUCUCCCUCUGUCAUAUUCAUACCUGAUCUCCGUUCAUGGUGGGAGGGGGUGAGUGAGUCAUUGCAGUAUCUAUUGAUCUCUGUCAUUAAAGGAUUGCCCCAUUCUCUUUCAGUGUUAGUGCUGGCCACUGCUGAUUGUGAUUAUGGUGAUAUUCCUCCAUUGCUAACUGAACUAUUCAGUUCCCAUCACUCGUGUAUAACAAUUCACUCACCAUCUGUGACCGAACGGGCACUUUUCUUACAUGACAUCCUUAUGAAGAAACCCACUGAUCUUCCACCGACAAAGCCUAUAAACUCAUCAGAGGUGCAGUUUGCUGAACUUCCUGUUGCUCCCGCUCCUCCUCCUAAGGAGUUGACUGAUGAGGAGAUUGCCAUUCUCUCUAAGCAAAGACAAGCUGUUCUGAGAGAACUGAGAGUAUUUCUACGUGACGCUACUAACAAGUUACUAGCUGAAAGGAAGUUUAAAGAAUUUACUAAACCAGUCGAUAUUGAAGAAGUUCCGGAUUAUUUUGAUAUCAUUAAAUGUCCGAUGGAUCUGUCAAGUGUCAUGAAGAAGAUUGAUGAGCAUCGUUAUAAUGUACCCAAGGAAUGGCUUAAUGAUAUUGACCUCAUCACAUGCAAUGCACUGGAGUACAAUCCUGAGCAUGAUCCUGACAGUAGAUUACUGAGACACAGAGCAGUGGCUUUACAGGAUCUUGCUCACUCAAUAUUUGAUCAUGAGCUCAGUGAAGAUUUUGAAAAGCAAUGCAACAAUAUGCAAGAUACAUUUCAAAGAAUAGGAAAAGGUCUUCCAGUGCCUUCACCUCAUGAGGCUUUGACUACUCAUGCUGUCUCUCAUCAUUUAUCAAGUCUCAGUACUCCCUCGGGCUGCAUCUCAUCCAAUAAACUCAAACUGACCUCAUCCACGGCCUCCAACGAACCGACCAGACGCAGCCUAAGGAAGAUGGGCAUUAAUCCAGAGUCUGGAGGCUUUCCUUAUUAUUCUCCGUCUAAACUAAGAUGUGGUAGUAACAGCUCUGGAGCAACUCAUCCACAGGAUGAAGAAGAGGAGAGCAAUGAAGCCUCUAGACUUAAUCAGGACUCAGCUAAGACUAGCACAACUGAUCCAAAGCCUACUCCUGUUGAAAGGAGCAGUGAGCCUGGAGGUGAUGUCGGAGUUCAAGCAGUUUCUAGGAGGCUUAGUUUUCAUGGAGAAUCAAGCACGAAGCAGUCACAUGGCGUUACUGGUGAUGUCCUGUGUAACUUCAAUAGCUACACUCCUAGUCUCUGUAGCAUGUCUAGUCAUGGUGAAACUGACACUGCUAGUAACAAUCUUGUUUUAACGAUUGAAGAAGAUAGAGGAAGAGAAGGAAAUGGGAUGACACAGACUGUUUCACUUUCACCUGCUUCCCAGCAAGAGCUGGUGGUUGAUAAUGUACGAUUGAGUACAUUGUAUGAUAGUGUGCUAGAGAAGACAGGAGGGCUGAGUGUUGAUAAGCUAUUGCAGUUACACUCUCACUGCAGUCAUAUUAUAUUCAGACAUAGAAUGAAAGCAGAUAAAACUGAACUAUUACAGGAUCUAGAGAAAUGCUGCGAUUUAUUUCUUAGGAAAAAUACAUCUACUCAACAAUAACUGAAAUGCACUUAAAUGUGAUUACCGUAUUAUUAAUAAUUAUUAUUAUUAUUUAAAGGUGUCCAAAAUUGGGUAAUCUUUUUCUUGCAGUGCUAUGUAAACACUUACAAUCCAG